UGUCUUUCUGAAAAGACACUUGUAAGUUGGUUUUGUCUUCUUUCAGGAAUUCUAAGAUAUAAAAUAUAAAGCAAAAAUAGUUUUUUUGCAGCAAGCUAAUAUUAUAGCUAAACAACAGAAGAAAAAGAGGCAUCCAUUUUUUUAUUCAUUUUUUUUGGCUUUAAACAAAGCACCCUCACCCCUUCAUUUUGCAAUUCUGCCAUGUUUUAAGCUUCGGCUAGAAGACGGGAAGUGUUUUUCAUCAAUGCAUUCUGUCACUAAUCCCUCUCUGUUGGCCUAGUUUCUCUCCAUUCCACCUGCUGUACGGCUGCAGGGGUUUGGAGCCUACAGCAAGCAGCAGGGUGCACAAACCGCUGGGAUAAGACUUGGAGACAAACAGCCCUUCAGCUUCUCAUCCCGGGUUAUUAGUAAUGUACCUUGAUUUGAAUGAGCCUUAAGCAUAUAAGCCUUUGUUUUCCCACAUAGUCAUCCUUUCAUGUUGAAGUAUUUGGGGAUUCUGUGCUAUUGCUGACUUCUUCUUUAUGUGGGAGUGGUAAGGAAAGGGCCAGUGUGGCAUGUUGGAUCUGGUAUCAGCGUUUCCACAGCAACACGUAUUAAAUUGCACUGCAGUCCAUCGCAGCUGGACUUUAGACAGGUGGAGGCACAGGUGACGUUGGUAACAGAGGGCACUCUUCUUCCAGGAAGGAAGCGCAACAGCUUUAGAAAUGGCUAAAUUCUUCACACCAGCUCAAAUCAGCGAGUUCAAAGAAUGCUUCUCCUUGUACGACAAAAAGCAGAAGGGUAAAAUCGAGUCAAAAGAUCUGAUAACAGUUAUGCGCUGCCUGGGAACAAGCCCCACGCUUGGCGAAAUAGAAAGGCAUCUUCAAGUUCAAAAAAUUGGAAAGAAAGACGAGGUGGACUUCUCUACCUUCCUGAUCAUGAUGCACAGGCAGAUGCAGCAGGAAGACCCGAAGAAUGAAAUCCUGGAGGCCUUCAGGAUGACGGACAAGCAGAAGAAAGGACAGAUCCAGGCAGCUGAGCUACGGGCCAAGCUGACCACCUUAGGAGAGAAACUCACAGACAAAGAAGUGGACGACCUCUUCAAAGAAGCAAACGUCAAGUCAAACGGCAUCAUUAACUAUGAAGCGUUUACUCAAAUGGUGACACUGCCACCAGUUGAUUAUUGACGAUUUCAGCAAAAAAUAAAAAAUAAAUAAAAAAGUGAAAGCGGUUUAAAUCGAACUGGUGACACAAUAAACUUGAGUUUUGCAACUUGUGGAAAUCCUAACUCUUCAGUGCUUCAGACGGAGGCCCUUGAUCAAAUCAGAAGAUAUUAUUUACCUUUACACUUGAGUAUUUUCUUCAUGAACUAGCACUGCAUGCAUACAUCGUGAUAUUAUCAUGCUAAUCUAAAUUAACAUGCUCACAUUUGGUUUUUAAAUCUGUAUUUUAAAAAAAACUGACUUCUAAUAUUUCUUUGGGAUUGGACAUUUGUAAACUUACCAUUGGAUUUGUAAUUCGAAAAGAACAAUUUUUCUUAAUGUCUUUCUUCAUAAAUACAUUUCUAAUGCACCUGUGAAAAUGCCUGUGAAAUAAAUACAAAUGAAAAUAGGAAAAAAAUAAUUAGUUAACUGAAAAGCUUUUGCUCACCAUGGCAGCUCAGCCGUAGCUCUCUCCUAUGUGGACAAAAUAUACGCAUGCGUUGUUCAGACAGCCGUUAUUUUGAAACAUCUGUCCUUUGUCCUCUUCUUUGUACUUGGAUCUUCAGCUCUUGUUUUUUUUUGUGCUGAUUUUCAGUUCCAGUCAAGCAGAUCUUUAGUCCUUAGCUGUGGGUUCAGUAUCACUGUAUGGCUGAAGAAGAAGAACACAGAAACCUUUCAUUUUCAUAUUUUAGCAUUUAGCAGCAGAGUCUUAUCGAGAAUUUCCUGCUCAAUGUUUCCACUCACCUUGUCUUUAUUUACAUAAAAUCUCCCACUGGCAUAAGCCAAAACACACAACUGAUGUUCCCACGUCUUCACUCUCCUGUUAGUGUUUUUCUUCUGGUGGUAAGCAGUCCAUUUUUCUCACUCUUGGUCCAAGUAGACCAACAUGUAGUCCACUUUGAACUGCCUUGUUGCUGAAAAUGUGCUAUAUAAGUAAAAUUACCUUAUGUUGCCCACUUGUUCUCCUGGAACUUCAAAAGCUUUAGCGAGAUUUCUUCUCAUCAGUGCAGUUCUGGAUUGUUUGUUGGGAGUUCACAGCAGCUGAGGACACAACUCUCAGUUUUCCCCUUUAUUGAGAGAUCUUCAUAAAUUUCCCUGCAGGUGGUUCUUUGAAUUAUUCUGAUUAUUGCUUUGACUCCAAGCAUGACCAGCUUAUAGCAUCAUUGGAAAGUUGCACAAAACUGCUGAGAGAGCACUUUGAAGUUAUCCAUCCAUCCAUCCAUCCAUUUUCUUACACCCUUUGUCCCUAAUGGGGUCGGGAGGGUUG